CGGCCUUCGAUCUUGAAAGCCGCUGCUUCUCGCUAUGCUACCAGCAUUUGGCAUUGUGAUGUAGAAAGACGCUGGGCAGGGUCGCUCUUGAGGUGUGAUCCACUUUUGCAGAUUGUUUCAAUCAUCAAGCAAGAUCACUGGUGCCUGAGAGUGAUCUCUUCCAUGCUGAAGGUUGUGCAUAACUGGACCAGCAGCCAAAACACAGCAAGUGCUUCUGAUCCUCUGUCACUGAAUGAUCUGCACAUCUCAAAAUGCGGCCAUAGACCAUAUGGUGGCGAUUGGGUGCGCCCUGAACAGAUUUUUUGUUUAGGCACCGCACAAGCAACUUCUCAACUGCAAGCCCUUGGAGCUGCACCUUGACGCGUACCCAAAGAUCAUCAAAAAUAUUUCUCAUCCGCUAUGGCAUCAAAGGCGUCGGACUUUGUGGCCCGCUUUGUGCGGCUUAGUAGGGAGGAAAGGGCGUAUGAAAUGCUGCAGGACCUGAGGUCAAUGAUCAUGGGAAUUGGGAGCAUGGGCUUUGAGGCGCUCGUGUUGAUGGAGAACAAGGAAGCGGUAGCGUGUCUGUUGGAUCUGGUCCUUGUAACCGAUGUCAAGGAGGAGUACCACCUCAUACUGGGAGUGCUGCUGAAGAUGAGCUCCAUUCCCUCUUUCGCCAAGACGUUUGGCGACGGCCCCGCCACGCACUCCUUCCUCCACUUCCAGCGCUUCCUGCUCCCCAAAGUCCAGGCCGCGCUGCGCCGGCGCGCAGACUGGGACUCCGCUACCGUGCACACCGCCUGUCUCUACAUGGAGCUUCUCAACAACCUGAUGCAGCACAGCCCCCGCUUUGCGACGGAAGCGCUGAACGCCCGCGUCGUUCACGAACUGCUGCGCUCGUUGCCGGUCCCCGCGCAGCCGUCUCUCUCGUGGGCGGACAGUCUCGAGCUGGCUUUUCUCACGUACCUAGUUGAGCACCAGUCGAUGAUGCUCGUGAUCCUGCAACAAACUAACCCCGCCGGAGAGAAGGAGCUCCGGCUGGACGAUUUGGCCCUUCUGGGCGACUGGCUAGACCGGUACCUGGGCUAUUUGGACGCCCUCUCGGUGCCGAUGCUCGCGCGCGGGGAAGGGGUCCGGAUCGGAGGGGCGGGGGGCAAUUUGCUGCGGGUUAUUGAGUUGGUGGAAGGCCCCGAGCGAGUGAACCGGGUUCUUUUUACGAAGCCGAGGCGGGAAGCGCUCCUGCGGACGGCAGACCGGUUAUGUGCGCUGGGGGGAACGUACGAGGCGUUCGGACGGCAGAUGGCGCGCACUGUCGAGCACGCGGGAGUGGUUUCGGAGGGGGGCACUGCCGGGGAGUUAGGAAAGCGGGGGAAGAAAGAGGAAGGGGCGCGCGUGUCGGUGGCAAAAGCGGAGUCGCUCUUCGACCGGCUACAAACCGCCGAGAGAGAAAGCGUCAAGUGCGAGUUGCUGGACGAGUUGCAGUCGGAGCUGCGGAAAGAGGGGUGGGAAGCGAGCGACACGCAACGGCUCGCGGCGAAAGAUUGCUUUCCGGUCUUGAUCGACGUCGUUGAGAAAGAACACCGGAAAACGGACCGGAAGGCAGGGGAUACUGCGGGCACUUUCAAAGGCCCCGUUUGGCCGGCCGUGUACAUCCUCGCCGCGCUCGCGGAGCCUUUCCAAGAGAUCAACAACGAGGAAAACGGGGCCUUCUGUCCGGAGUUGGCGGACUGCGCGCCGCGGCUGCUGCGGUUCGCGCGGGGGGCGGUGAACUCGCUCGGACUACUCGAGCUGCGCAUGUUGUUGGACGCACUUUUCGCAGCGUACAAUCUGAACCCGGAUGAGAAGUGGGAGUCGCGCUGGCCGCUGCUCGACGUGCUUCUCGCGGCAAACGCGCGGUACGUCGCGGGCUGCCCCGGCUCGUUCUGCGUGUGGCACCACUUCUACGACCACCUGGCGCUCAUUCCGGAGCCGUCCAAAGACACACGUGGCGUCAUCUCGCUGUUCCGCGCGACGCCGCUGGCCGGCCCCGAGAAGUGCGCCUCGUGGGCGGGGCUCAAGCAGAAGAUGGACGAUGACGUCAUCAACGGGGUGGCCACGUGGGGCCCCGACGCGCGGAAGCGGAAGCUCGCGGUCGCGGCGCUCGACGUUUUGGACGAGGGGGCAAACGCGUUGCUCGAGCCCAAUAGCCCGAUUGUAUACGCAGCGGCGGCCCUCGAGUUUUUCUGCCGUUCCGGGGGGGUCGUCAAGGACGAAGUCCCCGGGCAUAUCGGCCCCCUGAUGUCGUGCCUCGGGGCGGCAUAUGCCGGCAUGGCGGGCCUCGUUCGCACGUGCGAAGGGCGGGCAGCCGACGAAGAAGAGCGGUGGGGCAUCUUUGGAAGCGUCGCGGCAAACCUGACCUUCUGCCUGCAAACGGUGUUGGCUUCGGAGCCCCUCGCGGGGGCGUUCCUCGACGCGCUCGCGUGCAACGGGGGGGUCACUUUCGCUGCGGAGGUGCUGCGGACGCGGGGGGGCGCGGAGCGCUACGUUUGGAAAAACGUGCCCGAGGAGAAGAACCGGGCGGAACUGCUGGAGUUGCUCGAAGAGCUGCGCGGUGUGGCGGUGCGGCUGUGGGAGGGGCUGUCAGCGAGCUACGGACUCAAAAAGUGUAGCUUCCCGGAGUGCCCGCGAGACGUGCUCGAGACGUCGAAGAACCUCUUCAAGAGAUGCGCGGCAUGCGGCGGCGUGCAGUAUUGCUCAAAAGAGUGCCAGGCAAGUCAUUGGAAGAAAGAGCACAAGAAAACGUGCAAACGGAAAGACGGGACGUGAGGCAGCCAAACGCUUCAACUCAGUCUACGCAAACUCGGACCGACGACCAGCGGGCUUUGAGUCCAAGCAGACGAAAGAGACUCUGAUGGGAAUUUAUUCAGUGCUUGUGACAGUGCUCUCUUGAUUUGGCGGCUAUUCGCGUCAAGCGCUGACUUUUAAGUGAACCCAUGUCCCGUUGUAGUGUUGCUUACGAUUGAGUCCGAUACUCCGGAUGUUUAUGUUGACGAGGUUGAAAUGGCAAUCGUAUGGACAGGAUGGUCCAGCUUCAUGCAUAAGCGGUAAACAACUUAUAGCUAAU